CUAUCAAAAAUUUUCAAAAAUGUUGUUAUUCUUCCAUGAAAUACUGAGAAAUAUGGUGGCUGAUUUCUGCCAUUUCGUGUCUUUGCCCCUCUAAAACUAUGAUAUGCUCAUUUGUCAACGACAUGUGAGGAAUACGAUAUAUCUAAGGCGAAAUAACGAUAUUUUCACAGGCGAAGACACGAUAUAUCUUUCUGUAAAGUUAUGAUGUCGACGGGUAAAAAUAUUCGUAUUGGCAUACGCAUUGCAAAUUUUGGCAUACCAGAACCCACGACGGAAAGAAAAAUAUUUCGAUAAAGACUGCAUAAAAAUCCGAACAAAGUGGGUAAAUAUAGAGGAAAGCCAGGAGGGUAGAAUCACAUUUAGAUUUUCUUAAUAAAAAGCUUUAGAUUUUAUAUAAAUGUUUAAAAAGUUGAAAACUUACCCUGUGACUGACCGAUUUUCUCCUUUGCAUAUCGAGUUAAAGUGCACAUCUGGAUCAGCGGAAAUUCACAUACAUUUUUUACCGGUGCUUAAUUUUGAGAUCAAUAUGGGGUUCCAACCCCGUGGUUUCCUUCUUCUCGUAAAUUACUAUAAAUGAGUGUCAAAAUUUCCUUAUUCUAAUGCGAAAUACACCAUGAUUUUUUUCUAUCAGGUGGAGAUAUCACUGAUAAUAAAACUAAAAGCUAUUGUUGAUAUCAUUGCUUUGAUUAACACAACUGAUAACAUUAUAAAAUGAGUAAACCAAUAUAUUUCCCUAAAUGAUUUUGAUUUUCUGAUUAUUACAUAAUAUGAUUUAGAGUGGAUUCCUGUUUCGAGGAUUAAUAAUUUUACUUCAAUGGACGUUAUUGAAUAUUGGUAUUAUCUAUCAUUUUCUUUCAUAAGAAAAAGGAAAUUUAACUUGAAACAACAAUAUUACUAAUCAUUUGAGAAUUAAAGCAGACACUGUAAUGGAGACAAAAAAGCUAAACGAGCAAGUCAUGAUGAAACGUGUUCACGAUCAUGAGGUCUCUAACGAAUAUUCAAAUUUAACGAUAACAUCAAAUGUUACUGGAGAUAUUCAUAAAGACAAUGAACUAGACGAAUCUGGUCUACAAACUUAUGCUAAUUUAGAGGAGAAGAGAAAUACUACACAGUAUAGUAAAUUAUCCAGCAAUAGUAAACGAGAUACAAAAGUUCAUGAACAUUAUGAGGAAAUAGAAAUUCCAACUGCCGGAACACCCAAACUUAACUGUGACAUUAAGGAAUCUAAAGAAGUCAUUAAAGAAGAGAAAGUGGCCGAACCGACACAGAUACAGAAUGCACUUCUAAAUAUCAACUUCGUAAAGAUCUGUGUGUUGGUUCAAGUGGCCUUGACUCUGUGUUGUUGUGGCAUUGGUGUUUAUGUUCUAACAGUCAUAAAUAAAGACGAAAAUGAUGCUUUACAAGGUAAUGGUGUUUGGGAUGUUUGGGGACAGUGGGAGUCGUGUUCUGUUACAUGUAAUGUUGGGCUGGAAAUAAGACAUCGGCAGUGUUCAAACAAGGAAGAAAAUAGUUAUUAUUGCAGCGGUUCUACAACAGAAUACAGACUUUGUUUGCUACAACCGUGUUCAAUUAGAGCCUGGUUGGAUUGGGGACCCUGGAGUGGCUGUAGCGCUUCUUGUGAUGGUGGACUAAGGUCAAGAUCGAGAGACUUUGACUGGAAUGGAACAUCUAGUGUUGGUCAAUAUUGGCAAGGUGGUGAAUUCACACAAGUACAGAUAUGUGGUCGAAGUGCAUGCUCAGACGGAGGUUGGGCAGUAUGGACAUCGUGGGGAAAUUGUAAUGUGACAUGUGGACGUGGAGUUCAGACUCGAACAAGAACUUGCUCUAACCCUAGCCCAUCUAGUCUUGGUCAAUAUUGUAAGGGUGACUCUUUACAAGUAAAAACAUGCGAGACAAGAUCUUGUACAGUAGGUUUCAAUGUUAACCUGGCAACUGUACAAGCUAGCAGUAAUUUGACGACGAUGAUAUUUACUGACGUUCUAUUUAACAUCGGUAGCGCCUACAACACAUCCACUGGCAUCUUUACAGCUCCUAUGGCAGGACUUUAUCAAUUCAAUGUUCAUAUUUGUACCCAAAAUAGUGGUAAUGAUAUAAAAUAUGCUUUCAUAGUUGAAGGGAAACAAAUAUAUCAUGGCGAGUUGAAAAUAGUGUCCAACGGAACAGAGUGUAUGCCAUUUAGCACCGUGGUGAACGUACAGCAAAAUGGAACAGCGCUUAUACAAGCAGCUUAUUCAAAUAAAGUAUCUGGUAUUAUCAACAUGUUCUCGGGAUACCUUAUCUAUCAGACAUAAACUUACAUUUUGUUGACAUGUGAUAGUCUAAUUUAUUUUUAUUUUUUUUAUUUUUUUCAGCAACAUAGGUUGCCCAUUUAUUUUCCCCGUAAUUGGUGCAGUGGGGUCGGAGAGCCAUCCUCUGCUGUACCUUACAUUAUCAUUUCAUGGCAUAUACCAUCAUAUUAUAUUUAAAACAUUUCAGUGACAUUAAGCUCAUUUUUUUUUCAAUGUCAAGUUGAGUUUUAUUGACUAUAAAUUUCAAUAUUGACAAUAAUAGUGGUGCUUGACAACAUUUGAUAUCAGAAAAAGUUUUGGAUAAAAUAUAUAUCUGCCUAAAACAUAAAGACUGCCCCAUACUUUUAUCAAAUAUAAUUUUUCCUUCUACAGAUAUUUCCAAAAUAGUUUAAUUUAUUUAUUUUGACAAUUGUACCACGUAAUGAAAAUGAAAUAAUUAUUGUGACCACAUAUUUCCGUGUAUGACCAUUAUGCUACGAUUGAUUGUUUUCUAUUAUUUGAAGUAAUAUUAAUGUGUCGCUAACUUCCAACCUUUUGUCUGUUUAUUAAAACAAAUUACUGUGUGACAAAAUGCAAUACACUUAAAACCAUUUAUUUAAUGACUUAAUUGAUUUUAGAGCAAGAUUACCAUGGCACACAGUAUUAAACGUUGGUCUGAUUUAAUUUCCUUGUGAAUAAAAAAAUCUUAAGGUCACAUUUAGUAAGUUCUUAUCGAUAAUGUUUUUAAAGUUUAAAAUUUUUAGAUGGUCUCAUACACCCUCCCCACACACAAACACUUCAAGUUAAAAUUCAUUUUCAGAUAGAUUUUUAAAUGCUUUAAUCAGUUUAAUUUCAUUUUGAUAUGAUUCGUGCAUUUCUUUCAAUAAUUUAGCAUAAUACUGCAAGUUAAAACGAUAACAAUGUCAUACCAUUUUAAUGUUGACCGACUUUUACUUUUUAUUGAUGCCAAAUGCAAGCAAACUAACUUAAUGUAAAGCAAAUGUUCUCCUCAGAUUUCAGUAUGUCAAUGUCCUACUGAGCGCCUUAUGUCAGAACUCCAUGCCAAAGUAACACAGUAUAUUUUACAGCACAUAGCCUUAAACCUUCUCAAUUAUUCUAAAAGAUUAAAUGAAAAAUGAGUGUUACUGUUCGUUUAAGUUUAAUUAUUGGAUAACGUUUUAUCUUUUAAUAUUUAUAAUUGUGGUCAGAAUAUUAUUAUUGAGAAAUUUUCCUGACAUACAUGUUAAAGAUGUAAAAAUAUUCAGAGUUACUUCAAUAGCUAGUGCCUCAAGUUGCUGGAGUCCAAUAUGUGUUGGUGAUUUUGAAAAAAAAAGAGUGCUGUUGUUCUGCGAUAAAAAUUCGCAAAAUGAAGAGCAUGUUGCAAAUCAGUCUUAUUACUAGCUUAUUCUAAAAUAUGUUAAAUAUUGUAUAUAGAAAAUUAUCUUGUGCAACAAAGUACCAGCCAACUAGGUUACGUGUUAUAUAAAUACGUAUCGAAUAAAAGGGUUUACAUUGUUAUAUCUCAGUAAAUGGAUCAUAUAAAGAAUAUGAAUUUCUCUAAAUAACAUAGAUACAAUUUGUUUUACGUUUUUUCUUUUAUUUUCUUAAAGUGUAUUAAACAUAUUUUUACUUCGAGUCCCUCAUCCAUCCUUUAUAACUGUGUCUAGUUUGUCGUUUGUCCCCACGGUUGUUAGUUCCUGCAAAUCGCUUCGAUUUACAUUGCACAGUGAUAAAAUCAGUACAGUAAAGUUUAUUUGUUUCUUAAGGGACAUUACUGCUAAUAUCAUGCUUAGAAUAUUAAAGCAAGUUAUUUCCUUUACAGACAAUGUGAAUCUACAAAAAUAUAAAGUUAUAUUAUCAUAAAAAACAAUAUCAGAUAGAAGAAAAUGCAUACAAUCUAUUUCAGUAAAGUAGAACGUUUCUCAAUAAACAAAAUUCCAUCUGAAUAUCUACCUUGAUUUAUCAAUUAUAAAAUAAACUUUUAAUAUUACCAUUUUUAUCUUUCUUUUGAGCAGAAAUGAUAUAACGCAUUAAUUGCCUGGUUGAUAACUCGCAUGUAUCGAUCUUUAUAUAUAGUUACGUGUUUGUUAAUCUUGGCAUUAUUGAAACUUAAUCUGUCUGGAAGGGCGCAGCUGCUUUGUGGUUGAUGUUAUAUUUUGAAUCUUUACACAGUGCAAAUAUGGUAUGUUAAUUAAUUGAUAUCGUAUUAAAUGAUCAAUUGAUGCUGAUAUAAUCGAUUGAAUAUACCAAAUAAUUUGAAAAAUGGAACGAUCUCAUUGGACAAAAUAUAAUUGUAACCACUAAAUAGCUUUUACAUUGUUAUUAUUACCUUUUAUAACUGAGUAAUAAUUCAUUCUGAUCAGAUAGGAAAAAGUGAAAAACAGGAAAAUGAACAUUUAAUUACCUUCGUCAGAAAUAUCUUUAACAUAACGAUAUCUUAAAUUAUAUUGUUUGUAAUUGAUAGCAGGUCGAUAUUUAUAAUGUCUAGUUGUCAAUUUGGACUUGUUACAACUGUAAAAUUAGUUACAUAGGAAUUAUGGAAGUAACAGUAAUGAGUACGUGUACUCUUCAUAUGACUUAAAUAUUAUUCAAAAUAUCGUAUAUUUGCAAAGAUAUCAUUUGUGGAAUUCUGUUGAAAAUUGUGACAAUUACUUGUCAGAUGAAAGCUUUUCAAAUAUAACAUAAUAGUCAGACAUAUUAGUCAAUUAAAGUUAAAACAGAUUCAAGAUUCGAGUUUUAUUUAUUCAAAUUCUCAUAAACGCCAGUUAUAAUGAUGAUGAGAAUAUAUCGCAAAGAAACUUUACAUAAUAAUCAUAGCAAGAUAUGAAAUACAAUAAUGCAUAAUAAGGUUGGCUAGUAAAU